ACAUGGACCUCCAACUGUUGUGGGCUAUCUCUGUGCCAUGGCUUGACAUAGAGUAGUCAGAAUAGGGAGCCCUCGCUUAUGGGCCUUUUGCAUUAUUGGCUGCUUACAGGCUUUACCAAGACUGGCUCUCAUUUAUAAGACUCGACCCUCCUGCCCUUCUCUUCUAUUGACCCCUUUUCUCGUCUCCUCUCUUUUCCCUCCCACACCAAUUCUUUUCUCGCCAUUUUGAUCACCUCGCCUUUAGCUUAUUAGCACUGCUUACUCCCGCUAAGAAAUUUCCGACUUUCACAAGAUGACUUCUCCUCACCCCCUUUCCGCUGCCUCGCUUUUUUCCCUUAAGGAUUACGUCGCCGUCGUUACGGGCGGUGGAACUGGCCUCGGAUUGAUGAUCGCGCAGACACUGGCUGCCAACGGCGCUAAAGUGUAUAUUACCGGCCGUCGCGCCGAUGUCCUGGAGACGAGCGCGCGUGUUCAUGGGUCGAAAGAGAGACUUGGGCCCGAUGGGGGGAGCAUGGUGCCACUUGUGAUGGAUGUUACGUCUAAGGAUAGCAUUCGGAAGGCCGUCGCGGAGAUCUCGGACAAGGAGAAUUAUGUUAAUGUGCUGGUUAAUAACGCGGGGAUCUGGGCUGGUCGGCCCGAGAAAAAGCCACAGGAUGGCCCCGAGGCUUUUAGCGAAGCCAUUCUGCAAGAUGAGAAGGUGGAGAAUUGGCAUAGAGCAUUCGAUGUCAAUUGCCUCGCUGCUUACUUCGUUACUGCUGCGUUUCUCCCGCUUCUUGCUAAGGCGGUGUCGGGCCCGACAGGGAAGAUUGGGAAUGUGGUUAAUAAUAGUUCGAUGGCGGGUUUUAUGCGCAUGUCGCAAGGUUGCCAGUUUUCGUAUAAUGUCACUAAAGCUGCAGUCAGUCAUUUGACCCGACAGAUGGCGUAUGAAUUCAGCCACAAGGAGAUCAAUGUUCGCGUCAAUGGGCUUGCUCUCGGAUAUUUCGCGACCGAAAUGACAACAGGAGAGUCCAACACCGAGAACGAGAGCACACCCGACGACGAGAAAUUCGCAGGUUUCCUGGCUAACAUGGGAUGUACGAAGGUCAAUCGCUUUGGGACUCCACAGGAGGCUGCUAGUAUCUUGUUGACGGUCGUUACGAACGAGUUCAUGUGGGGUACUAUAUCGAUUGUUGAUGGAGGCUUUGUUCUAACUCUGCCUGGGAAUAUGUAGGGCAAUGAUUGCUCUUGUCAAUUGGGUGUUAGGGGGCAACUCGGUUAUUCUCAUGUUACACGUGGAAUUUGGAGUUACCCCUAUUCCUAUACUCAGGAAAUCUAAACCGAAUUCUUUGCCCUCUUGCAUAUUCAAAGUAGCUUUCUUUUACUCUUCUAGUAUCAAAUAAGAGUAUUAAGCUCCUUAGGUAGCGUCUUAGUAACCCUAUGGACAAAUCACGGAUUGGAUUAAAUUGCAACCUACGAUGAAAAUGAACACUUCACUUCGACUCUUGCUACUUUGCAGACCAGGUUUGGUGACGUCUUUUGGAUGGUAAUCAUAUGCUGAGUUUUCACCGAGUUAUUAAACCCCCUAGGCGAUCGCGAAACCAACAAAACGGGUGACCUGACCCUUUGGUACCACAUUGCAGCCAAGGGUCAUCCGACGUCGCUAGUGGAGUCUUCGGGUUCAACUCUCAAACUUUGGCUUCACGGUUUUCAAUUAGUGCUAUACAUGAGCGUGGCGUGGGCUAUAAUUAAUGUUACCGCUUUGUUACCCCCUG